AUGGUGAUGAAGACUAGUAAUGCAUAUUCUUUGAUAAUUUUUGCAGUGCUAUCCGGUUGUUAUCUCAUUGAUCAUGUUGCAAAUGCUGAAGUUCAUCAUCACAGCUUUGUGAUAAAAUCUUCAAGUUACACUAGACUAUGCAGCACCAAGAAUAUUUUGACAGUAAAUGGAGAGUUUCCAGGCCCAACCUUGAAGGCCCACACAGGAGACACUCUUAUUGUCAAUGUCUAUAACCAAGCAAACCAUAAUAUAACAAUAUAUUGGCAUGGGGCUAGACAAGUGAGGAAUCCAUGGUCAGAUGGAGCUGCUUACAUAACACAGUGUCCAAUUCAACCAGGUGCAGUGUUCAAACAAGUUAUCCAUUUGACCACAGAGGAAGGAACCAUAUGGUGGCAUGGACAUGAUGGUUGGUCAAGAGCCACAGUUCAUGGAGCUUUCAUCAUUUAUCCCAAGCAUGGACAAAACUAUCCCUUUCCCAAACCCCAUGCUGAGAUUCCAAUCAUACUAGGAGAGUGGUGGAAGAAAGAAGUCAUGAAUAUUCCAAUAGAGGCAAACAAAACAGGAGGGGAGCCAAUUCUAUCUGAUGCAUAUACCAUCAAUGGUCAACCUGGUUAUUUGUAUCCCUGUACUUUCAAGAUGGUUGUGGAGUAUGGAAAAACAUAUCUUCUUAGGGUGAUCAAUGCAGUGAUGGAUGAAGAAAUUUUCUUUGCAAUUGGAAAACACAAAUUGAGAGUGGUAGCUAAAGAUGGAUUCUAUGUCAAACCAAUAGAAACAGAUCACAUAAUGAUCACACCAGGACAAACCAUGGACAUUCUUUUAGAAGCAAACCAACCACCUGCUCUUUAUUCCAUGGCCGCCAGUGCAUAUUUGAGUGCUGUUGGUGCUGGCUUUGAUAACACAACCGCAACAGGUUUGGUUAUAUACAAUGGCUCUGAGGAAGACGGAAAAAGCCCGAUUGGGUGCCGUCUUCCGCCGUAUAACAGAACAGAAGUAGCAACUGAAUUCACUAAGCAGUUGAGAAGCCUUGCAAGCAAAGACAAGCCAAUCAAAGUACCUGAGAAAGUGGACACCAAAUUGUUAUUCACAAUCUCUGUUAACCUGCUUAAUUGCAGUGCAGAUAAACCAUGCAAAGGACCAUUUGGUAAAAGGCUUGCAGCUAGUGUGAACAACAUUAGCCUUGUGUUACCAAACAUUGACUUUCUAAGAGCCUACUAUGAGAAAAUCCCUGGUGUUUUUGAGAUGAACUUCCCCAGAAAACCAGAAAGGGGAUUCAACUACACUGAUGAUAAGUUGCCAGGUUAUGUGUUGGCAACAGAAUUUGGAAGCAAGGUGUUGGUUUUGGAGUAUAAUGCAAGUGUUGAGGUAGUUUUGCAAGGGACUAGUGUGGUGACUGGUGAUAACCACCCUGUUCAUUUUCAUGGAUACAGCUUCUAUGUGGUUGGUUGGGGUUUUGGAAACUUUGAUCCAAAAAGAGAUCCCAAGAACUAUAAUCUUGUUGAUCCACCUCAAAAGACCACUGUUGGAGUUCCAAGGAAUGGUUGGGUCGCCCUUAGAUUCAGGGCAGACAAUCCAGGGGUGUGGUUUGUGCAUUGUCAUUUAGAGAGGCAUGCAAGUUGGGGGAUGGGAAUGGUGCUGCUAGUGAAAGAUGGUCCUUCUCCUCAGACACAAAUUCUUCCACCACCUUCGGAUUUACCCAAAUGUUGAAUCUUGUCUCCAUUGCUGUCACACCAAAUAUGGAUUAUUUUACAUGAGAGAUUCUCCAAGUGCCUUUU